AACAAGCAUGUGUGACAAAAUCGGCAUUGUAUUUUUCAACACAUUUUAUUUCUUUUAGUGUCCAUCUUUCACAUGAGAAACUUCAUGGCUUCUUGGAAUCUCCUUGCUCUUCUGUUCUUUCUCCCUUUACCGCAGAUUCUGUGCAUCAGGUUUGCAGUUUCUGCUGAUCAGUUGCCUGCCAUAAACGCGUUCAACUGCUCGUUAGACCAAAGCAAGACGUGCAAUUCCUUGCUCUACCAGAGCAAUGGUCUUCAGCCGGAAGAAAUUGCAGGCUAUUACCAGGUUAAUGCAUCGGAUAUCAAGAACGUUACAAAUGGUAACAAACUAAGUUAUCUAGUCCAAGUACCUUGUUCUUGCAAAAAUGUCAAUGGGACUAUUGGGUAUUUUUAUGACACGGUCUAUAAGGUGAAGGCCGGAGACUCAUUUGUGAACGUGUCGGCUUGGUACUAUAGUGGCCAAGCCUGGCCGGUUGGAGGAGAAGAACGGACUUAUAUUCCAGACACGGAAGUUCCUGUCCAUCUUCUUUGUGGCUGUGUACAAAGUGAAGAUCAAGUUGUUGUGACUUAUACAGUCCAGCAGCAGGAUACACUGUCAAAAAUCGGGGAUGAUUUAUCUGCUGAAGUGAGCAAGAUUCAGGACCUAAACACAAAUUUGGCUCAAAAUUCAACAUAUAUUCAAGCAGAUUGGGUGCUGUUUGUUCCCAUGGAGAUAAAUGGACUUCCUGUACCGCGGGAUGUUGACAGGAUGUUUCAGGCAGGACGUAGUCACAAGUGGGUGAUAAUAGUUGGAGUAUUAGCAGCAGCGUCUCUGUUAUCAAUAUGCACAUUGGCCAUUAUCCUUGUCAGGCGUCAGAGAUCCCGGAAAUACAAUGAGGAGGACCUAAAAGCUCAUGUAUCAAAAACAAUGAGCGCCCAUAAAUCAUUCUCCUUGCAGAACAAAUUCCUGCAAAGAGAAGAUAUCACGGGUUUUGAGUCAGAAAGACCAGUAGUAUAUAGCAUUGAGGAGAUUGCAGAGGCAACAAUGGACUUUGAUGAAACUAGGAAAAUUGGAGAGGGCGGAUAUGGGAGUGUGUAUUUUGGGGUACUAGGAGAAAAGGAGGUUGCGGUAAAGAAGAUGAGAUCAAACAAGACCAAGGAGUUUUUAGCAGAGCUCAAGGUCUUAUGCAAGAUACACCACAUAAAUGUGGUGGAGCUCUUGGGGUAUGCCAGUGCAGAAGACUACCUCUAUCUAGUAUACGAAUAUGUUUCUAACGGAUCUCUUGGUGAUCAUCUUCAUGAUCCUUUAUUAAAAGGUCACCAGCCUCUCUCUUGGACUGCAAGAACACAGAUUGCGCUGAAUACAGCAAAGGGUAUUGAGUAUAUUCAUGAUCACACAAAAUCCCGGUAUGUGCACCGUGACAUAAAGACAACUAACAUCCUACUUGAUGAAAGGCUUAGAGCAAAGGUUGCAGACUUUGGAUUGGCAAAACUUGUCGGAAGAACCAAUGAAGAUGAUUUUGUGGCAACUCGCCUGGUUGGAACCCCCGGAUACCUACCUCCAGAGUGUGUGAAGGAGCUGCAGGUGACCACUAAAACCGAUGUUUUUGCAUUUGGAGUAGUCUUGGCAGAGCUUAUAACUGGUCAGCGUGCACUCAUUCGUGACAACCGAGAACCUAACAAGAUGAAAUCACUCAUCACAGUAAUUAAUAAAAUCUUCCAAGAUGAAGAUCCCGUAAAAGUAUUACAAUCUGUCAUUGAUGGCAAUCUCAAAGGAAGCUAUCCUACAGAAGACGUGUACAGGAUGGCAGAAAUAGCUGACUGGUGUCUUAGUGAAGAUCCAAUCAGCAGACCAGAGAUGCGUGAAAUCGUCGUGGCACUGUCUCAGACCAUGAUUUCUUCUGUGGAAUGGGAAGCCUCACUGGGAGGAAACAGUCAGGUUUUUAGCGGAGUUUUCAGUGGGCGAUAACAAGUUUAGGUAGCAUGUGAUUGCAGUUUCCAAAAGAGCCUCUUGUAAGCACAACAACAGUGACAACUUUGUUUAUUUUUAGUAAGAACAGAGGAUGGAUAUCGAAUUAUGUAUACAUUGCUGCACUUUGAUAAUUAUUAAAAUAAUAAAAAUAGCUUGCUGUA